AUGACUGUCCCACCUUCUGCUCCUUGGUGGUGUGUCGAAGUCAGUCCCGAUUGUCCAGUCGAAGGUACCCUUUAUGGCUACUACCCCAAUCUUGGAGCCAACGCUUUCUUCGCGGCCUUCUUUGCCCUCUGUCUCAUCAUCCAGCUGGGUCUAGGUAUCCGAUACAAGACGUGGACCUACAUGAUUGCUCUCGGUCUAGGCUGCUUGGGUGAAGUAGUCGGUUAUGCUGGCCGCCUGAUCAUGUACAACAACCCCUUCGACGAGACAGGCUUCCAAAUGCAGAUCUGCUGCUUGAUCAUCUCUCCCGCCUUCAUCUCCGCCGGAAUAUACCUUACACUCAAGCACAUUGUCAUCAACUUCGGAGAGUCGUGGUCACGUCUGCCACCGGUCUGGUAUACCCGCAUCUUCAUCACAGGUGAUAUCCUGUCGCUUGUUCUCCAGGGCGCUGGUGGUGGCAUUGCCGCAACGGCAGAUGCCGGCUCCGACUUGCUAGAUAUUGGAACGAACCUCAUGGUUGCAGGUGUCGUCCUCCAAGUCGUCAUUUUGUCUUGCUUUGGCAUCCUUCUCGCCGAAUACACCAUCCGUACCUACAAUCGCCGCGGCCAACUCUCCGCUGGUGCGAUGACACUCUUCCACAAGACAUCGUUCCGUUGCUUCAUAUUCGCCGUCAUCAUCGGCUUCUUCGGCAUCUACAUUCGAUGUGUUUACCGUAUCCCGGAGCUUACUGGGGGCUGGAGGAGCGAGCUCAUGCGCGACGAGACGGACUUUAUUGUUUUGGAAGGUGCCAUGAUCGUUCUAAGUGUGUUGGUACUUACGGUGUUCCAUCCCGGAUACUGCUUCCCAGCGUUAGGUAACACGAUUGGCAAGAACAGGGCUGCUCGGGGUAAGAGUAUGGACACAUCUGUUUCGGAUGUUGAAAUGGUACCAAGUCGCGCCUAG